AUGUUUUCCCAUUUGCGCAAUCGCCUUUCGGUGAAUCGACCUCAGGCACUCUCAUCACAGAUCAGAGCGGCCAGCACGAUGAAAGAAGCCAUUGUAUCGCGCGGACCAAGAGUCCAUAUCAUUGACAGCCCGAUUCCGAAAGCGGGGCCUGGACAAGUUGUCGUCAAGAUUGAGUACGCUGGUAGUAACCCCAAGGAUUGGAAGCGACCUGAGUACUGGGGAAGCAAGGCGACCAUGAACCAGGGCGAUGAUCACUCUGGAACUGUCUAUGAGGUUGGAGAGGGAGUGUCUGACUUCAAAAUCGGUGAUCGCGUCGCGGCUAUGCACGAGGGGAAGCAGCCUGGCGGGAGUUACGCUGAGUAUGGUGUAAGCUGGGCAUACACCACCAUUCAUCUACCGGAACAAACUACUUUCCAAGAGGGCGCUGCCAUACCCUUCGCUGCAUUCACCGCAGCUUGUGCCCUCUACGCAAAGCUCGAUCUCCCCUACCCGAGGCAUCCAGUCUCCGACGAUCAAAAGAUACCUCUUGUGAUCUGGGGCGCUUCAUCAGCGGUUGGAUCCUACGCAGUUCAAUUGGCAAAGAAGUCUAAUAUCCAUCCACUCAUUUGCAUCGCUGGCCGUGCGCAAGAGCACGUCGAGAGAAUGAUUGAUGGGUCCAAGGGAGACAUAGUCAUUGACUACAGAAAGGGACACGAGGCUGUCGCGCAAAAGAUCAAGGCCAACCUGAGCGGCCAAAAGCUAGAGUACGCAUUUGAUGCUGUAUCUGAGAUGGGAUCCUACCAGACCAUUUGCGAUGUUCUUGACCAGGAGAUUGGGAAGAUCACUCUCAUUAUUCCUGCACAAAGCUAUUCUGAUAUCCCAAAGACCAUUAAGAAGUCGGUCACUACGGUUGCUAGUGUACAUGAAGAUCUAAAGGAAUUCGCUCGGGGGUUUUCGACGUAUUUCGGUAGGGGGCUUCAGGACGGCUGGCUAAAGGCGCAUCCGCAAGAGGUUGUGCCUGGGGAUUGGAGGGGAUAG